AUGGUGAUGCAUAUGGCCCCCAUUACCAUGAGGAACAGGCUGAACAGGGCCAACAUGGCUGCCACUACAUUCAGAUCUGCACAGGGAAGAUCAGUCUGGGAUCUGAUGGGUAGGUAGAAGCCAGAGUUGAAGGGAUUAUUCUUGGCUGCCGAACACAGGAGAUCCUUGGAGCUGCAAGAGAUCACCUGGCUGGCAGUGGGCCAAAACCUUUGCCCCGACACAACGGAUCAUCAGCCCAGCUAUCACGGCUUGUUAACUUUCCAUGGAGCCAAGAAACCUUCCGUGAUACCACAGGGACGUCUUGAAGGCGAACAGCUAAAGAGUUUGGCAGCACCCUUUGUUGCUCUUGGAAUACUGCCUUGGAAUUUUUGAUUCUUGUCCACUAAAAGGAAUUUAUGUUGCCGGGGAGGAGAUUGUAUCUACAGUUUUAUUGUUGACAUGGUUUUUCCCAACACCAAUGACCUCCAUUCAUGGUGUACGUCACAGCAACACUAAGGCCUGGGAGGACUGUCGUUUGUCAAGAAAUAACUUGGACUCCAAUCAAAUAUGGCCAGGGACAUCAGUCCUCUGAGUCUCAUGCCUUUGUCUGUGAGGCACCGACAAUGGGUUGGAGCCUCUCUGAAGUUUGUCCACCCUUUUUUCCCCUUACGUUCUCUAAUUUUCUACUACUUCCUGUCUUGUGCAGCAGCAGCAGGCAGUUUGCCUGGCAUAGAGUAUAACUAUGGCAGUAGCCCUAAAUUUGUUUGUACCCCAAUUCCUCCAGAAGCCCACCCCAGCUGCUAUUCCCCGCCCAAUGUGCCCCAUGGACCUGGUAGUAAUAGCCACAGUAAUGAUCACAACUGGCGAGGCAUGAUGUCAGACGAGGCCAAAGCCACCAUCUUACAUCUGCGAGAAAGCCUUGUGAGGCAGAAGGAGACCAUCCUGGACCAGCGGGAGACGAUCAGAGAGCUGACGGCCAAGCUCACCUUGUGUGAGGGUUUUGGGGGUCACCAUAGUAUCGGUCAUCAUGACAACCACCACGGCACUCACCAUGACAAUCAUCAUGACACCCAUCACGACAAUCAUCAUGACAAUCAUCACGAUAACCAUCACGACGACCACCACGACGACCAUCACGACGACCACCACGGGCAUCACGGCAGCCACCACGUAUCGUCACACCACGGCCCUUCAGCGUAUCACAGCAAUGAUCACCACUACUCCCACGGCAGCCACAGAUCAGACCUCCACCACAGGAAGGGCUCGUCAUACAGCAAACACAGCUCCUUCUCUCCUGAGCAGACAGGAAAAACCCUGCAGACACUGAAGGAGAGGCUGGAGAGUUUGCAGGCAAGAAACUCCUCCAGCUCCUACUCCAGCUCCCUGAGAGAACUCCUCCAGCGGAAGAUCAACGCCCUGGAGGAGCAGCUGCACAGCUACCACAGAGAUCACCAUGACUACGGUCACCAUAACGACCACCACGGUGAUCACCACGAUGACCAUCAUGACAGCCACCGCGGCAGCAGCCACUACGAUGACCACCAUGACAACCAUCAUGAUGAUCACCAUGGCCACAGCUAUCAUGACAACCACCAUGAUGACCACCAUGAUGACCACCACGGUAACGGUCACUAUGACAACCACUAUGACAGCCAUCACAACAACCACCACAGUAGCCACCGGUACAACCAUCACAGCAAUCACUACAAUCGCCAUCAUGAUCGCCACUAUGACCACCAUUAUGACUGGCAUCAUGGCCGGCAUCAAGGUCCCUAUGACAGCUACCACAGCAACCACCACGAUGACCACCACGAUGACCACCAUGACGACGGCCACCAUGAUUUUCACCAUGAACUUGACCACCACGAUGGCCACCAUGAUGACCACCACGACAAACACCACAGCAACGACCACCAUGACAGCCACCACGACAAUGAUCAUCACCCACGACGACUGCCUUUCAGCAGCAAAGACACAAGUCUUCGUGGUGCUGGACACAGCAAGCUGGAAACAGUGCUCAGCCAACUGCACCACAGCAACAAUGAUGGAGACCACAAGAAGCUGAAGAGUCCAAGCGCUUUCCUGCUCGACUUCCCCAUGAGGACCAACUACAUGUACGCCAGGAUGAAGCGGUCCGUGGUCAAUGAGAUCUUCGCCCUGACCAUCUGCCUGUGGCUGAAGGCAGGGGCAGGUCCUGGCCUCGGCACUCCCUUCUCCUACGCUGUACCAGGGCAAGCCAAUGAGCUGGUGCUCAUCGAAUGGGGCAGCAACCCCAUGGAGCUGCUAAUCAAUGACAAGGCAGUGACGUUGCCCAUAACCAUGACAGACGGGAAGUGGCAUCACAUGUGUGUGACGUGGUCGACACGUGAUGGUGUCUGGGAGGCCUACCAGGAUGGGCUGAAGAAAGGCUCAGGACAAAACCUGUCAGCCUGGCACUCCAUCAAAGCAGGGGGGAUCUUCAUCCUGGGGCAGGAGCAGGACACGAUGGGAGGCCGCUUCGACGUCACUCAGUCCUUCAUGGGAGAGCUGUCAGAUCUUCAGUUCUGGUCCAGAGUCCUGACACCAAACGAGAUCUCCAGCCAGGCGACCUGCAGCAGCCACCUCACUGGUGACGUCAUUUCCUGGUCAGAGGAGUUGGUGGAGCUCCACGGUGGGCUCACUGAGAUCCCCUUUGAGCCCUGCCACUAAAGGCUGGCACCGGACCCUCACGCACAGAGCUGUAGGAUCAUCCUCCCUGUGUAACUGAUUACAUGCCUGUGUAAGAAAUGGCUGCAGAGUGGAAAAAUAUCAUUUCGUUUUGGAUCAAAGAUGAGGGAAUAAUUUAUUUCAUUGCUCAUUCUGGUUUUUCAUCAUAUUGGUCUACAGAACUUACAGAACUACUAACACAAGGUCAGCCAUGGGCAACAGGCAGAGCGAGGAUUUAUUUUGCUUUUUCUAUAUUUUUUUUUUUUGCCAUUCCUGUCCAAUCUUUCUGCCUUCUCCACCCACACCCACGCUCCCUCGCUCUUACACUCUCAGCAGGAUGACUUUGAAGGCUC